AUGGCCUCCAACUCCAACUUCUCUUUCCCACCACCACAGUCUAAUGGGUCCACAGGUCCAAGUUGGGCCAACAAAGAUAAGUCUUCCUGGUUAUGGAAUUUAAUUGUGACACUUGCAAUAAUAUUGUGUCUAUGUAUACUCAUAUGGGACUUGCUUUCAAAGCAUGAACAAAUCCCUGAAGUCAUCCUUCACAAUUUCUCUGUUCCCAAGUUUCAAACUUUAGAUUCACGAUUGGUUGCUGAAUGGGUAGCCGAAUUCACCAUUUUCGUAGACGUACCUGAGUCGGGCGAUUCCCCAGUUUUUGUAAACAAUUCGCUAUUCCAACAUGUUGAGGGUUUUGUAUCAUACAAAGAUCAUAUACUUGCUGUGAACUCUACGAAGAUAGUACAAGAAGAGUCGGAAGUUAUUGGUCAAACGACAACGAGUGUCAAAUUUUCCACAAAGGGUUUGGAAGGAGAUAAAAGGGAGGUGAAGGAUUGGGUGUUGGAGGACAUAAGGAAGGAUAGAGACAAUGGGACUGUGAUUUUUGGCAUGCAGUUAGUCAUAUGGACUCGAGGAUUCAAGAAGUCUUCUUGGGCUGGGUGUUCGGAUUUGAUGGUGGAUUUUAAUCAGGCAAAGUGGGAGGCUACUUGGCCUACUUGGCCUGAAACCAGAGAUUGCAAUGUUACUAAUUGGAACCGUUCUUUAAAUUCACUGUAUUAA